AGUUGGCGAAUAUCCUCAAUUCUUUUGACCGACAUACAACCUAUCCACCAGUACACAUCACGCCUCUUGCAAAGUAAACUCCACUGCAGUUUGGAUCUCCUCUAUUCCACGAAAUACUCUACGAGCUUCACGUUUUUUUUUUAACGUUCCCAUCCUCGAAUCUAAGCACGGAUCAGAUUCCUUCCAGAGAAGCGACAAGCACAAGCAUACAUACCUGCAGGUUCGCGUAACUGCCAACGAUCCUGUCGUGGAGCUUCAAUCGCACCUCAAUUGGAUUAACAAAGCUUCAAGUCCAUUUGUAACGACUUCCACGAGCCAAACGUCUUCUUUUUCGAGUCUUUUUUUGAGGUUUUACAAGAUCGUUCUGCUUCUGCAUCUUUGGCAUAUGCAUCUUAUUUCACGAAAAAUAAACGACCCAUUACGUUCGCGUUCGUUGUAAAAGCAGUGACUGUUUUGAUUUUUCAUAUCGACGAUAGUCAAUAUACCCAAGCAUCAUUCUCCAUUCUUGGUUCAGCAACUUUUAUCUUUCUUGAAAAAGUUACUCAUUUUACCCGCAUACACGAAUAGACCACAAGUUGAAUCUUGUCGUCUAACGUAAAAUUCUACCUUUCUUCUCGGAAGACCCUUUAUUGAGUCUGCCAGAUCAUUGUCCUUUCAGGACUUGAUCAUUCCAACCGAAAAACUGGAUCUUCCGUCGAUAUCGCAAGUGCAAACCCGGGGGCCUUCCGAAGUACCAUAUUACAAUCAUCACGCCGCGCAGCGACCACUGUACGUGAAUGAAAGGUUGCCCGCUUUGCCUUUGCCACCGCCGCAACAGGCAUAUUCGUCUGGUACUUCAUCUCCCCGGGUUGGGUCACUUAGCUCACUUGGAUCUUCCUCAAUUUUGAACGGAGGUUCUCAUUCAUCUUACACCACAGCGAGUUCCUCAAACGGACCCAAAACCCCUUCUCCCACUCAAGCUAGCAGUGGUUUACCUGUUUCUCUGCCUCAAGGAUCUUACAGUACACCACCUUCAAACCCAGCAUACUCUUACAGCCAAGAGCCAUAUCAGAACAACAUGAAUCACGGUCCUCAAGAUAUGUACUAUCCUCCACACAUGUCGGCUGGUCAACAACCACCACCUCAAACUGCCACAUCGGGUGCAUUGAGUCAAUAUCCUCAACAUCAACCACCUUUACUUCAACCUGGACCUCCACAUUAUUCACCGGCGCAGCAAGCACCAUACGGUCAAUACUAUGGCAAUGGACUUCAAUCUCCACAAUCGGCUCAAAUUCCUGGAUCAAUGGGUGGCCAAGGCAACGUUCUACCACUUCCAGCAAUGACCACUCAACCUGGUAUGCCGAGCCAAGGUUACGGUGGACCACAACAAUUUGACCAAACUGGCCAAGUUGCCCCACCAGGAAUGAAGCCCAGAGUCACAGCGACUCUUUGGGAAGACGAGGGUAGUUUGUGCUUUCAAGUAGAGGCAAAGGGUGUUUGCGUGGCUCGACGUGAAGAUAAUCACAUGAUUAACGGCACAAAAUUAUUGAACGUUGCUGGUAUGACUCGUGGACGACGAGAUGGUAUCCUGAAAAGCGAGAAAAUGAGACACGUUGUGAAAAUUGGUCCUAUGCAUUUAAAGGGUGUUUGGAUUCCUUUCGAGCGGGCACUGGAUUUUGCAAACAAGGAGAAGAUUACGGAAUUAUUGUAUCCUUUAUUUGUUCACAACAUUGGCGCUCUUUUAUACCACCCAACGAACCAGACACGAACGAAUGCCGUAAUGGCAGCCGCAGAACGUCGAAAGAAUGAGCAAAACCAAAUGCGGAACCCACAAGCACCUGGUUUGCCUUCAUUACACCAACAUCACCAUCACUCAAUGGCUAACUCAAUUGGCGCUCCCCUUCCAGGUCCACAGCAUUCUCUUGCUCCUCAUCCAAAUGUUGGUCGUCCUGCUCUCGAAAGAUCACACACAUUCCCCACCCCUCCCACAAGUGCAUCUAGUGUAAUGGGCAGUAUGGAUAAUUCUAACGGCAAUUUCCAGUGGCCUGGGCAAUCCAUGGGCAAUGUGCAAGGUACCAAUCCCCUGUCAAUUGACACUGGAUUAAGUAAUGCUCGCUCAAUGCCAACAACUCCAGCUACCACCCCUCCAGGAACUGCAGUUCAAUCGAUGCAACAAUAUCAACAAACUCAACAACCUUACGACUCUCGACAGAUGUACUCUCAAGCACCCCCGCCACAGAAUGCGUAUGCCCAAGCCCCACCACCUCAACAAAGCAUGCCUCAAUACUCGCAACAGCCAAAUUCAUACAUCAAGAAUGAAAUGGGUCCACCAUUGGCGAGAGCACCAGAUGCUGAGCCCCAACAUCAUGAACCAAAGGAUUCGAAUGGGAUGAUUCAUCACCAAGGGAAUGGCCAAGUUGAGGAAGAACAUGAUCAAGAUCAUGAUGGCGGUGAAUACACUCAUGAUAGCCAGGGUAAUUACGAUUCAAGUCGUCGGCCAUACAAUUACUCGAAUGGCACAGCCGUAGGAUCAAUAACAGGUGAACACACCCAUUUGUCACCAGAGAUGACUGGCUCACCAAAUAAUCCAGCUUCCGGACGAGCAACUCCUAGAACGGCGUCAGCACCACAAACAUACUAUGCACAACAGCAAGGUGGUUACAGUACACCCCCGCGAAUUCAACCUCCCUCGAGUAAUUUGUAUAAUGUAGUCAGUCAAGAACGCGGUACAGCUAAUGGCAGCGCAGGUGGUGAUGUUUACGCACCACAAUCAGAUCUUGGAGCUUCAAUGUCUAAUGGUUAUGCCGGACAGCAAAAUAUCAUGAAUGGUGCACCUGGGAGUAACAAACGUGGCAGAGAUGACGAUGACGAUGGUCGACCAUCCAGUAGAGGUCCAGGAAUGGCCGAUGCUGAUGGUUUAAAGAGACGGAAAACGAUCCGUGAGGGUUCAGUUUCUGGACCAUCUUACAAUCCAGGACUCAACCGAGCUCAAUCGACCAUUGCCCAAAGACGCCGGUAACUCGAAUCGAUGAUUUUGAACGCAUAUUUUUGCACUUUCUUCCAGUGAUCUGAUUUUCUCCAUCAUGAUCUACUGUUUUUUUUAUUCUUGGCUCGCGCCACAAAAGCAUUCUCGACAAUCACAAGCACACUCUUUGAAAGAAUUUUUUUUAUCUUCACGAUUGUCUUUGUAUUCGCCGAACAUAGAUUCAGCAAAUUAUUUGAACCUGGAAUGACGACGAGUUUAUGACUGAAAUUUUUAGAUGACCCUAACGUGGAUCAUCGGAACGGCUUUAACGAAUUUACGCUAUGCAAACAUGGGAGAGGAAAUAAUCUGUUGAGAAAUGAUCCCAAAGAUAUACACAUGCAAGCGGGAUUUAUUUACUUGGGGGUUUUCAUUUUGCACUCGAGAACAAAAAAACGAAACACGCCUAUUAAUGACACUCUAGGCGUCGACAUGAAAUAUUUGGGAUUUGGGCAUUUUGUGUUUUUCGUUCAUGGGAAAGGCUUAAAUGAUUUGUUUUCGUUCAGAUGGACGACCAAAAUAAUGAAUGGGGCCAUUUUCUCUUCGACAUCUACAGCACCGAGGAACCUGUCUCAAUAUUUUCUCAUGAUGUCGGGAAGGAUGAAUAGAGAAAGGGAAACUGGAUCGCUGAAUAGACAAUAAUUUUGUUUAAUGUUUUCGGCUUUUCUUUCCUGGACCGACUUCUAGUUUCUUUGCUUUUUGUUGAGCUCCUGUUGAGCUUGACGUUUACACACAUUAUUAUUAUGAUUUAUGACCAUUUCCUUGCUUAUCUUGUUAGUUGUUGCAGUUGUGAGUUUCCUUGGGUUUGAUGGGGAGGGGGAUGAAAUGGAUUCUACCACAUGAGGAUGAUUAGCCCAAUGGAUGAAUGCCAUAUGUAUGGAAUGUGUGGAAAAGGUGCGAAGCUUGAAUGUUUUGUAACUAAUCCUGAACGCAAAUGGGUUGACGGUGAUCGGAAUGAAUAGAAUGGGAAUGGUUGAAUGAUAUGACUUUAUGAUGAAGAUGGAUGGAUGAUUGGAUGGGUUCGGGGGUAUUAUUGGAAUUCAACUGGAACUGAACUGAACAAGAUACAAAAAUUUAAAAGUUGUUGAUGA